CCCGUCACCGAGCUCCUCCCUCAUACUACCCAUCUGAAUUACGUCUGGUCGCCCCUGUGCUCAGCAGUAUAUUUACAGUGCUCUGCCUUUCACUGGAGAUCAAACGCCGGAGUACUCACGAACCAAGCAAACAGACAUGGCAGAAAACGCCGACUUGGAUAACCACCGUAUCAAGAGCUUCAAAAACAAGGGACGCGAUGUCGAGACUAUGAGAAGACAUCGAAAUGACGUGACAGUGGAACUGAGAAAGAACAAACGAGACAAGCAUCUACUGAAGAAGAGGAACGUCCCACAGGAGGACAGUCUUGAGGACUCCGACAUAGACUCUGACUUCAAAGGGCAAAACGUCACACUAGAAGUUAUGUUACAGAAUGCCGUCAGUGAUAACGCUGUGGUCCAGCUCAGUGCCGUACAGGCUGCCAGAAAACUCCUCUCCAGUGACAGAAACCCUCCCAUUGAUGACUUGAUAAAGUCUGGCAUCCUGCCCAUCCUAGUCAAAUGUCUGGAGAGAGACGACAAUCCGUCUCUCCAGUUCGAGGCAGCCUGGGCCCUGACCAACAUAGCGUCUGGUACUUCACAACAGACCCAGGCUGUGGUCAAAUCCAAUGCUGUUCCCCUGUUCCUGCGACUGCUCCACUCUCCCCAUCAGAAUGUGUGUGAACAGGCUGUGUGGGCACUAGGCAACAUCAUAGGCGACGGGCCACAGUGCAGAGAUUAUGUCAUCUCCCUGGGUGUGGUCAAGCCCCUGCUGUCCUUCAUUAACCCUUCCAUCCCCAUCUCCUUCCUCCGCAACGUCACCUGGGUCAUCGUAAACCUCUGUCGCAACAAGGAGCCACCACCCCCCAUGGAGACAGUACAGGAGAUUGUUCCAGCUCUGUGUGUUCUUCUAUACCACACAGAUAUAAAUAUCCUGGUGGACACGGUGUGGGCUCUGUCCUAUCUGACAGAUGGUGGGAACGAGCAGAUUCAGAUGGUGAUAGACUCUGGCGUAGUCCCCUUCCUCGUUCCUCUGCUCAGCCACCAGGAUGUCAAAGUUCAGACUGCUACGCUGAGGGCAGUAGGCAACAUUGUGACAGGGACAGACGAGCAGACACAGAUGGUUCUCAACUGUGAAGUCCUCUCCCACUUCCCCAACCUGCUCACACACCCCAAAGAGAAGAUCAACAAGGAAGCAGUGUGGUUCCUGUCCAAUAUCACGGCUGGGAACCAGCAGCAGGUUCAGGCUGUGAUUGACGCAGGACUCAUCCCCUUGAUUAUCCACCAACUGGCCAAGGGGGACUUUGGGACUCAGAAGGAGGCAGCGUGGACCAUCAGCAACCUCACCAUCAGUGGCCGGAAAGACCAGGUGGAGUACUUGGUGCAGCAGAAUGUAGUCCCUCCUUUCUGCAGCCUGCUUUCAGUGAAGGACCCCCAGGUGGUCCAGGUACUCCUAGACGGCCUCAAGAACGUCCUCAUCAUGGCCGGGGACGAGGCCGGCACCAUCACUGAGAUCAUAGAGGAGUGUGGAGGUCUGGAGAAGAUUGAGAAUCUGCAGCAACAUGAGAAUGAGGACAUCUACAAACUAGCCUUCGAGAUUAUUGACCAGUACUUCUCAGGCGAUGAUAUUGAUGAGGAUCCCAGUUUGAUUCCUGAAGCCACCCAAGGAGGGACCUUCGACUUUGACCCCGCCUCCAGCCUGCAGAAGGAGUUCAAGUUCUAGGAGCCAAUCCAUCCAGCUUCACUAGUACUGUCUAACCAACCCCAGACAUUCAUCCAUCUAUCUCUCCUCCUAUCUGGCAACCUAAUACAGAAGGAUUGAACCCACCUACUACCAUCACUAUUACUCCAACAUGGCAACCCACCUUGCGAUUGAAGGAUUCACCCACCAACUCCACAAUACGCCACCUCUGCACUGAAAAGGUUACUUAAAACUACCACCUGCCACCACAACCUGGCAACCCAACACAAACGGGUCCAGGUAAUGAAUCCAGCACCAGUACAAUCUGGCCACCCAUGUGGGGAGGAUCUCAGGCAAUCUUAGCAAAUGCUUUGAAAUGUCACGUGAAAAUCACAAAGGAAGAAAAAGCCUUUUGAGUCAGUAUUUUUGAAUUGCCAAAUGUCACAACUACACACUCGCACAAAAACACACAGUUGAAGACACUUGGGAAUAGUUUCUUUGCAUAUUUGUUUUAGAAAACAAUAUCACGAUACUGCGGUAUCGGAAAGGAUACUGCGGUAUCGGAAAGGAUACUGCGGUAUCGGAAAGGAUACUGCGGUAUCGGAAAGGAUACUGCGGUUUAUUUUUGUGCUUCACCUCUGGAUUGUCCCCUGGUCGUGGACCUUUGCUCGCUCUCCCUCUCCCUUGAUGUCCGAGUGCCCCCAAUUAAAGAUGUUUACCUCAGAGCGAAACCAUGAACAGGCAUGGACCCUGUCCUCGUCCCCAAAGUCCUAGGACAGGAAGAGGCGGGAUUAAGGCAGGGAGAGGUUUUUAGGCAGACUGACGAGACAUUUUGACUCAUAUUAUUUUAUUUUUUUGCUUUUGACUUCUUGAAUCAUGAGUUAUGGAUUUUUAUUUAUAAAAAAUACAUGUAAUUAAAAAAUAUAUAAUGCUGCAAAACUGGUUCGUAUAAGUAUAUAAUUGUUUUGCAAUUUUGCUCUAAUUCAGGGGAGAGCAAAAUAAAAAAGCUUAAUUUUGAGAAUGGUAGAGGACUAGGGCCCAAAAGCUCAUUUUAACAUGGGCAACUCCAUUGAAGACUUUCACCAUUUUAAACCAAGAUGGUGGAUAAAUAAAGAUGGGUCACUCAGGCUGUUUACCAUUGGAAAAAAUGUAAUGGGGUGGCUCUCCCAUAGACAUCAAUGCGUAGCAGCUGAGUCUGGUCUACUUCGUUCAUUGACUGCCAUUGUAAAAAGAGAGAGUGGGAUGUCUCGCUUCUAGUCAACUGGGUGGGACUUCUUAUUGGUUAAGGAAGGCUCACAUAAUUCCAUCUAGGUCAUCAGCCAAUGAAUUGUACUCGUGAGUAAACAUUCCAUAACUGCAGGUGGAAGCCAACCUUGGCUUAAUACCUGUUCAAACAACACACCACAGGUGGCAGUAUGCACCCUUUUAGUUUGUUUACAAACUCAUAGAAGUAUUAGAAAAUGUACUACUUCAAAAUGGAGAUGGCCUCAAUGGCGCUGCCCAUUCUGUCACAGACGCCAUAAUGGGACCGGUACAAUGAUGCAAUGUCCACGAGGAAAACACUGUAGCCCUGUUUCCCAGAGGACAUGAAAUCCUGCUGCAGAAGUGAUGUCACUUCCUGUGCAGAGCAGGUAGUGAUGACAUUGCUUGCAUUAACUAAUGGUUGUGUGCCACGUCAUCGACUGAAAGAUUGCUGUAACAUAUGAGUUGGUUAGCUGAUAUGUAAAAUACGUAUCCAGACUUUGUAAGAUCUGGAAUGCAUCAGAAACACCUGGUCAGAAGAACACACCCACUGUUGGGAACUCCAACAGAAGAGUUGACUGAAAACUAAAACAAACCUAUAUUUGGCAACAACAAAAAGAGUAUUACCUCAUUCUUAUAAAAAAUGUGUUAUAUUUUAUGUUGAAAUAGAAAAGAUUGCAAGGUUUGUCUUUUUCUGGUCCAGGUAUAGAAAAUCACUGAGGCCUCUAGUGGCUAAAGGUCAUUAGAAUGAGCAGAGCCAUUGAGGGCUUGCACAAUUUUAAUGUAGUCAACUGGGUGGAACUUCCAACUUCAUUGGCUAAGCCCUCCUGGUGACCCUGUUGGAGUAAUGUCCAACUGGGUCAUCAGGAGGGAUCAGCCAUUUUGAAGAAGAAAAUUGACUAUUUAAAAAAAAAUUGAGAUUGCCUCAAUGGCGCCCCCCGGCCGCCGCGUCCAGGAGUCCCCCAUCUCUAGGUCAAGUAUGUGGAGCCUCCAGGUUUACUAUUUUAACUUGUAGAUUUUCUUCUGUCUUAUGCACAUGUCUGAGUAUUAAUUCUUCCUCUCUUCCUGCCGGAAAGAAGACCGGACUAACAGAGGAUAGAACACGACCUCUGACCUAUACAGAACUUUAUUUUUAUUUUUUUAAAUGAGGUCACAGUUCAUAAGCUUCCUGAAUGUGUAUCUCUCUUAAACUCGUCUCUUGAGAAUAUAUAAAUAUAUAUUUCCAAAAAGCCUGUACAAAGCUGCUGCAGCUGAAGUCAUUGUUGAAACGGACUCACUCUGCAGAACGAUAACAUUGGCUACUUAUUGUCAAAGACUGACGGGGAGGUUGUUUCGUUUGUCGUUUUUCAUUUUCAUUCAAAUGUUGUUGUUUUUUUUAUUCAUAAUGGGUUGUGAUGACAUGCUGAUGAACCUGGUACAGUUACGUCUGUCUGUAGGGACAGACUGUGUCUUUGUACCGUCCAAGAGCCAGUCCGUUUGUUUCCAGGAUCUAGGAAGUGUGAGGGCUAACACAAACCCCUGGUCCCUUGUCUGGACUUAUGUUCCUCUGUUAUGGCCCAUUCAAACAGCGCACAAAAAAAGCCGGUGAAGGAUUUGUAAGGAGUGGGUUUGGAAGAGGGGGGUUUUCAAAGCAGCCCAGGCUUGUUUUGGAACGAAUUGUUUAUUACUGAUGAACUAAACCCUAGAGGGUGUCGUGAACUAUCCCUAGACGGACCGAGCCACUUUAAAGAAUUACAAUUCCGUUGUCUUGUAUCAGAAAACGAUACAAGCUUAUGUUUGUUGCAAGAUUUUUACUUGCCAGAGAAAAGUUGUUUUUAAAGAACUUAAUAAAAUGUCAGUGUUUUGGCCUUAGUUUCAUUUAUACAUUUUAGAUAGAAGAAUUCACUUUUAAGGUGGCUUGCUGAUGCUUUCAACUCUUGUGCACAUUAAAGACGUGAGUGGAAAUUCA